AUGAGCAAGCUAGAGUCCAUCACACCUGGGGAGGUGGUUGAGCUCGAUGCCACCGAAACAUUUCUCCGCGAGCACAACUUUUCCAAUGAGUACAUUGAGGAGCUCAUGAACGACGCGGAGCUCAACAAGCGAUUGAUCCGCAAGGUCGACAUGGUGCUCCUUCCUCUUCUCAUGGGAACCUACAUGAUGCAGUAUAUCGACAAAACCACCAUGGCCUACUCUGCCGUGUUCGAUCUCUUCACCGACACUGGCAUCUCGUCAGACCAGUACAGCUGGUUUGCUUCAAUCUUUUAUUUCGCCUAUAUGGUGGCUGAGUAUCCCUGGCUCUUCCUCGCGCAAAAGACACGCAUGGCCAAGGUCAUCUCCGGCUGCGUUUUGGCCUGGGGUAGCGUCCUCAUGCUGACGGCUGCUGGACACAACUUUGGCGGUCUCGCGGCCUGUCGCUUCUUCCUUGGUGUUUUUGAGGCGCCUAUUACUACCUGUUUCAUGAUGAUUGUUUCUAUGUGGUACACACGUGAACAACAGCCAUUCCGGGCUGGUAUCUUCUACUGUUGUAAUGGAGUUGGCAGCAUGGUCGGCGGUAUUCUCACCUUCGGCAUUGGGCAGAUCGAUAAUGGAUUCCCUGUCUGGAAGCUAGUUUUCCUCGUCUGCGGUGCCAUGACGGUCGUCUGGGGCGUUGUCCUGAUCUUCUUCCUCCCCGACAGCAUCCUCACAGCCAAGCGAUUCACCCUCGAAGAGCGCGCUCUCCUCAUCGGCCGCGGUCGUCUCGCCCGAACCGGAAUCCUCAACCAGACAAUUAAGUGGUAUCAAGUUAGGGAGGCCUUUAUCGAUCCCCAGGUCUGGCUUCUGUUCCUGUUCAUGCUUCUUAACGAGGUCAUCAACGGUGGAAUCGCCAACUUUGGAAAGCUCAUCAUCAAGGGUGUCGUGCACGAUCCUCUCCAGACUGUUGCUCUUGGUAUCCCUCAGGGAGCUUUCCAGGUGUUCUACAUCCUCUCGGGCACAUACCUUGCUUCUCGCAUCAAGAACUGGCGAACCAUCAUCAUGAUGAUCUACCUCCUCCCCACCGUCGUUGGAGUCUGCCUCAUGUGGAAGCUUGAUCGUAGCCACAAGGUUGGCGUUCUCUUCAGCUACUACAUUGUCGGCGCCUUCGUUACAUCGCUCGUGCUUGCAAUGCAAAUGCCCGCUACCAACCUCGGUGGCUACACCAAGCGUAUCACUGCCUCUGCUAUGGUCUUCAUCGCUUACUGCGCUGGUAACAUCAUCGGCCCUCACGCCUUCCUAGGCAAGGAGGCACCCACGUAUAAGACUGGCUGCAUCACCAUUCUUUGCUGCUCCGUCGGUCAAGUUUUGGUUGCCAUUGCUCUCCGACUUCUCCUGAUCACCCGCAACAAGCGACGUGAUGCUGCCAUGGCCGCCAUCGGAGAGGUUGAUACCGAUGCCGCGGCGACUGAGGGAGCUGAUAUCACUGACUUCGAGAACCCCCACUUCCGAUACGUCUUGUAA